AUGUCACAAAACCCUUCUAUCCCACUUUCCAUACUAGAAGAUUUGAAGGAACUGUCUUAUCAACUGGGACAGAAGACUCAUUUACUCGUCAAAGGUGGAGAUGGACCGUUGGCCGAGGUAGGGUUAAGAGCUACUAAAGGGUUAUUUGAUCAUGCUCUUUCAUUAGAAUCUGUCUCACAUCCUCAUCUUCACCCAUUCAUCAUCUCAAUUCUUUCCGCCCCCGCCCCAACUCUCCGUUCUGCCACACGGUCCAUCUCCAAACCUAUCCCACCACCUCCGAAUCCGACAGAUGUUUUACCGUAUACUCCUUUGAGUGGGUUGACGACGGAUAUGGAGUUGGAACAGAUUUGGGAACAGAUGGAAUUGAAAACGAAAGGGAUUUGUAGGGUUUUACAGGAGUUUGGACCGGAAGAUGGGUAUGAUGUUUUAUCUGGGGAUGAGAUGGAUGGGCAGGAGGAUGAGAUGGAUAGUGAUGAGGAUGAUAGUGAUGAGUUGGAGGAUGAGGAUAGUGAUGAGUUGGAGGAUGAGGAUAGUGAUGAUGAGGAGGAGGAUGAUGAGAGUGAGGGAUUGGAAAGGUUGAAAAGAAAGUAUAUUGCUGCGGGUGGAGAUUGGGAGGCUAUGAUGAGUCGUUUUGAAACGGAUGAUGGGAGUGAGGAUGAUGACGACGAAGGAGAGGACGAUGAAUACGAUGAAGACGAGGAUGAAGAAGAGGAGGAUGAUGAAGAUGAGGAUGACGAGAAUGUGGAGGAGGAAGAUGACAUGGACGGAGAAGAUGAUAAUGAUGACAUCGACGGAGAAGAUGAGGAGGCGGAAGAUGAAGUCAUGUCCACAAGAAAGAAGAUAGGACGCGGAAGGAAAGUCAAACUUGGGCCUGAAGAGAGUGAUGGUGGAACCGACGAGGAUUCACAAGAUGAUGAAGAGGAAGAAGAUGAUGAUGAUGAGGAUGAUAUGGGAGAAGACGAUGAUAAGCCUCGAAACAAAAACACUCGUUCUCAUCCUACCCUCGACGAUGAUUUCUUCUCCAUAUCCAAUUUCAACAACCAGACCAGAGCUAUGGAAGCUGAAUACACCUCCCACGGUGCUUUGGGAGGUGAUGAAGAUGAUGAAGAAUUGGCUGAUAUGGGAGAUUUGAUGUUGAAUGGUGUUGAGGGGGAUGAAGAUGUAACCUACGCAGAUUUCUUCGAACCGCCCCGAGGAUCCAACCUCCGAAGACCUACCAAGCAGGACAAGUCCAAGUCUAGAGAAAAAGCGUCAAAGUCGAAAUCUCAAACAAACGAUUCAAAUGUGAGGUUCGCAGAGGAUUUGGAACCUUCGGAAGAUGAUGAAGAAAAGGAAGAAGCUGGUGAUAUUAUCGAUCGUUUGAAGGGGGAUUUAUUCGGGAGUGAUGAUGAGGAAGAUGAUAAAAAUCUAUCAACUUUUCAAAAACAACAAAUGGAAUUAUCUAAACAAAUCGCCGAGUUGGAAUCUGAAGCUAUCGGACCGAAAGAUUGGACACUUCUCGGUGAAGCUACAGCCAGAGCCAGACCCGAGAAUUCUUUACUCGAAGAAGAUUUAGAUUUCGAACAAGUUGGAAAGGUGAUUCCUGUCAUAACGGAGGAAAGUGUGAAAAGUUUAGAAGAUUUGAUUAAACAAAGAAUUAUUGAUAACAAUUUCGAUUCCCCAGUUCGUGUGAGAGCAUUCGAACCUACUCCUUUUCUCCCUUCAAGAUAUUUCGAAUUACAAGAUACUCAAUCUACUAAAUCUCUCGCUCAGAUAUACGAAGAUGAAUAUCAAGCUGUUUCUUCUGGUACUUCUGUGAAAGAUCCAAGGGAUGAAAAGUUGAAAAAGGAUCAUGAGGAGAUUGAAAGGUCAUGGGAAGAGAUUUGUUAUAAAUUGGACGCUUUGUCAAGUUUGAAUUUUGUUCCAAAGCAGCCAAAAGCUCAAAUCACAACAAUUUCCAAUACACCCACAACUUCCCUCGAAACCGCACUUCCACCAACCAUGUCAGCUCAUUCAACAUUAGCACCAGAAGAAAUUCUCAACCCCGCUACUUCAUCCGCUUUGAUCUCUCGUUCAGAACUCACUCCGGAAGAAAAACAAAAGUUACGAAUGAAAAAUAGGAAAAAGAAAGCUGGUCAAGGGAGAAAAUUGAAUGAGAUGGUAGAGUUGUACGGAAAGAAACGUGUUUCAGCAAAGGAAGAGAAAGAGAAAGCUUUGGCUGGUUUGGUGAAAAGAGGUAAAGGAGUUACUGUUGUUGGGAAAGCAAGUGGAAGUGGGAGUGGGAUUGGUGGGGAUGGUAAGAAAAGGGAUAGGGAUAGGGAUAGGGUUUCUUUAGAAGAUAGAGAUAGGGAAGAUGGGAAAAGGUUAAAGUUGUGAUAUGGACACAUGGCUUGAUUUUCUAUUUCAUCUUUAAUGAUAAACCAUUUC